AAAUCAGUUAACGAUUGAGUCCAUGACAUUUUUGCACUAAUGGCGGGCCUUUAAUCAAAUGCUUCAUACGAUUAACAGCUUAAUGCAACACUUACAACUGCUUUGCUCUUAACAGAGUAAAAAAAGGGAAAUUCCAAUGCAAAAAAGGUCUAAGUGAAUUUUUUUCAAAUAACUUUUUUGUUUAUAAAGAUAAAAUGUCUCUGAUAAAGUACAGGUCAACCCGGAGGGUCAAUAGCUGGGAGUUUAAUUAUUGCAACUAAUUUUAAUCAAUCAAUGCACCAUUCUAAUGUGCGUUUUUUUAGAAAGUAAAAAUGUGAAAUACUAUUGUCAAGAAGAAUACAUUACUUUCACAUUUAAAUAAAGAAUGUUGGGAGUGGCAAAUACAAUGUGGUCAAGCAUCUGAUUUUCAACUAGGUGGUUUUUAGCUCGGCUGUUUUUCGGAGAAAACCCGAGGUAUUGUCAUAGCCAGUGUGACGUCAGCCGUCCGCCGUCAGCGUCAUGCUUAAACCUUAACAUUGGCUCUUAAAUCAAAGUGCUUCCACCUACAACAUUGAAACAUCAUAUGUAGAUGCACCUUGAUGAGUUAUACACGCCACACCCCUUUUUGGGUCACUAGGUCAAGGUCACUGUGACCUCUAAUAUACAACUUUAACAUAGGCUCUAAAAUCAAAGUGCUUCCACCUACAACUUUGAAACUUCAUAUGAAGAUGCACCUUUAUGAGUUCUACAUGCCACACCCAUUUUUGGGUCACUAGGUCAAGGUCGCUGUGACCUCUAAUUUAAAACUUAAACAUAAACCUUUACAUUCGCUCUUAAAUCAAAGUGCUUCCACCUACAACUUUGAAACUUCAUAUGUACAUGAACCUUGAUGAGUUCUAAACGCCACACCCAUUUUUGGGUCACUAGGUCAAGGCCGCUGUGACCUCUAAUUUAAAACUUUAACAUAGUCUCUACAAUAAAAGUGCUUCCACAUACAACUUUAAAACUUCAUAUGUACAUUCAUUCCUCAUUUCUACACGCCACACCCAUUUUUAGCUUGGCUGUUUUUGGAGAAAACUUGAGGUAUUGUCAUAGCCAGCUCGUCGUCAGCCGUCCGACGUAGGCGUCGUGCUAAAACCUUAACAUUGAUUCUAAAUUCAUAGUGCUUCCACCUACAAAUUUGAAACUUCAUAAGUAGAUGCACCUUGAUGAGUUCUACACGCCACACCCAAUUUUGGGUCACUAGGUCAAAGGUAAAGGUCACCGUGACCUCUGAAAAGAAAAAAAAUCUGACAAGCUUUCGCAGCCGAGCAUAGGCACCCGUCAUGCGGUGCUCUUGUUUAAUCUUAGUCUACCUGUUCCCUAUGAACUUGUGUUUUCAUGGUCACUUUUUAAAAUUUUUGACCAGUGUUUAGCUCUGUUGUUGGUCAAUCUGAGGUUUUUGUCACUCUUUUGCAGCAUUUGAACUGCCUUCAGAAAAUUAAAUAUCAUCACGUUUUGACAUCGCUGUCGGCAACUUUUCUUAACACUGUGACAGUGACAUUCACCUCUGUGUAGCACAUUGAAUGAAGUCUCAAGUAAUCUGAAUUUGAAUAAUCCAUUGUACCAUUCAAGAUGGAGACAGGUACACACAGUAACAUUACAAAAUUGGAUUGUUUUGUGUGUGGUGUUGCCAGAGGUAGAGUGAUUUGUUUGAAUGGACGGAAAUCUAAAGAACACAACUUUCUUGAAAAAUUGAAAUUAGUUUUAAACAAUAAUGAUCUCUUUGCAAGCAUCGUUAAUUCAAAUUCACCUUUGGUAUGCAGGAACUGUUACAGGAAGGUAGAACAAACAUAUGAUUUCAUACUUCAGCUGAAGACUUCAGUUAGUAAAUAUGUUACUGAAAAUAGUGUACCAGUGAAAUGGGAUGAAACUUUACCUGCAACACCGGAGAGUAUGAAUCCAGAACCCCAGAAUGCACAGCCAAACUGUUUAAGGAAGAAACUUAAAUUGAUGUCACCUGCCAAACAGGUUCAAAAUCCAACCCCUUCUGAUAAUGCGUCAAAUAUUCCAUUUAUAAAACAUGCAACCUUGUCGUCCACUUGUAUUUCACUGCCAGAUCAUGGUUACAGUAGACUUGUUGAUGGAGAGGUUUCUAGUGAAAGUACUAUUUUAAGCAAUUUGAAAGCACUGUUACAAGGCAUUUCUGCAGGCAAAGAUUCAACUUCAAUUCUCUUGCGAGAACUGCGGACGCAAUCCUCAACACUGACUUCAAGACUACCCAUUUUUUGCUCAGUGUUGUAUAAAUACAGAAACUUAAGUAAACUGGAGGACAAUAUUGAUCACUUCCAGGAUGAAAUAAUUGCAGAGAUGAUGAAAAGAGUCCCUCUUCUUCUAAAAGUUAUGCUAUGUGUGGCUACCCCUGAAAGUGAGAAUAUGAAACCCUCUAUUCUUCCUGCAAUAGCUUCAGCUUACAGCAUCUUGAUGAAACAUAAAUAUGAUAACCUGUCAGCUUACCAUAGGUUAACAACCAUUAUCGCUGUCAAUGGGGGCCUUGAUGAAAGAGGACAGACUAGAUUAAACCAGCUGGGUCUGAUGUUGUCAUAUUCCUCAGGGACUUCACUCAAGCAAGAAAUCAAAGCAAUGACAGAGCAACGAAUCGCUGGCAACCUAAAACAAAAUCCAUUGAUAAAGGUUAAUGGAGAUAUCAAUGUCAACGAUCAUCUCGUUGUUAAGAGAGACGAAAUAAGGACUUGAUUGGGCAUUUUCCCAAAAGAAUGGGAAAACACAAAGGUUAUGGGUUAUAAACAAAGGCAUGUUUAAAGCCUAGCUAUACCUUCUAUUUAUUAUAUGUACUCAUUCUUCUGAGCAUGCAAUUAUCCUAACUAGGCAUAAAUGUUUAGCCACUGUAAAGAAAAGUAUAUAUUAAUUUUCACUAUUUUUACUGUUUAUGGUCUCUAUUAGAUAACUGAAUUGUACAUAUCUGGUAUUACUAUCUAAUAAGUUAUCUGCACUAUUCAGGACAAUCAAAUCUUAAUAUGAUAUUUAAAAAAAAAGAUCAAAUAAUUAUAAUCAAGAAACAACAAGAUAUAAUAAUUUGGAGCCAGUUGUAUUUCGGUUGGAGCGAGUUGACCAUAUUUUUGGGGUUGACCAUAUUUUGGGAGCGAGUUGUUCUGGGGGAGUUGGUAUUGGGUCCAGUUAUCUGGCAACCGCUACAUGCAUUCAAUGCCAUGACUUACACAAUUGUGUUACUAUUUUCACAAAAAUUUUGGUUAUUCAAUCUAUUUAUUUAAUAGCUGCGUAGAACAAUCUAAUAUUAAAACAUAAAUUACUAGUUUGGGUUUAAAUAAAUAAACUACAAGUACCAUUCAAUGUUAUUUAGUUAUUAAUAAACUCCAUUGUCGUAAAACACCCAAUAAUGAACAUGUCAAUAUAUGCAUAGCCUCUUGAUGUACCUGCUAACAAAUAAAGAUGUCAAUUAUGAGAAAAGUAAAAAGAUACUUAAAGGUUUUUGUUUAAAUGAUAAGUACUCCCUUGGCUGAUGAUACAUUAUAUUAAUUUUCGCACAUACUGAUUUGGUCAACUUGGCUUUUAGUUUCGGUAUCUGUCUCUAAAGGAGAGAUCGAGUAUUUAAGCAUUGUGUGCUGUAUAUGCAUAUACAAAAGAAACAAAAACGAAUCAUUUGUGAUUUGAUCAGUCAUUCUAUAUUUUAUCCUAAUUUAACAAAAUGCGUAUGCACUAUUGAGAUUAUCAAUGAAACAUAUUUUACCUACUUCUUCCUUGUUUGACAAUACUGGUUCCGCCAUUUUGUUGUUGUUGUUGUUUACCUUAGCAUGUCGCUUAUGUGAGUGGAUGUACAAGAUGGUAACAUGUUUUUUUGGAACUUACAUGCAGAAAUGCAUCAGAAGAUAGUUAAUAUACUGCAUUUCUCAAUUAUAUUUACUAAAACUUGAUUAUAUUACUAAUUUAAGACACGUAUCAAACAUCAAUCUGUGAAAAGAACUCUUUAAUUCUUACAUUGAUAUUACAACAUGACAUGGGAAUUCUUACAUUUGUGGAUACAUGAUCAUUUUUCCUAUGUUUACAUUAACAAUAAUGUUAUGGGACAGUAAAAUAUAUUUUCUAACUGCAUGCAUUGUGCCUACACUAAUCAGUAUCAAAAUCCAUCCACAUACAUGGACAUAACAAUUACAAAUUGGCUAUUAUAAUACUAUGUGACAAUAUAUCCACGUGCACAUUAGAAUUUUUGUCUUACGAUUUGUCUUUUAUCCAACCAACUUUUCUAGUCUUAUCACAAUUAAGGAUCACAUUUACAUUUAAUAUGAUAUUAUUAGCUCGGCUGUUUUCGGAGAAAACCCGAGGUAUUGUCAUAGCCAACUCGUCGUCAGCCGUCCGCCGUAGGCGUCGUGCUAAAACCUUAACAUUGGCUCUAAAACCAAAGUGCUUCCACCUACAACUUUGAAACUUCAUAUGUAGAUGCAUCCUGAUGAGUUCUACACGCCACACCCAUUAUUGGGUCACUAGGUCAAAGGUCAAGGUCACUGUGACCUCUAAUAUAAAACUUUAACAUAGGCUCUAAAGUCAAAGUGCUUCCACCUACAACUUUGAAACUUCAUAUGUAGAUGCGCCUUGAUGAGUUUACACGCCACGUCCAUUUUUGGGUCACAAGGUCAAAGGUCAAGGUCACUGUGACCUCUAAUAUAAAACUUUAACAUAGGCUAUAAAAUCAAAGUGCUUCCACCUACAACUUUGAAACUUAAUAUGCAGAUGCACCUUGAUGAGUUCUACACGCCACACCCAUUUUUGGGUCACUAGGUCAAAGGUCAAGGUCACUGUGACCUCUAAAAAAAUAAUAUUUCUGACAAGCUUUCGCAGCCCAGCGUGGCACCCGUUAUGUGGUGCUCUUGUUUAUUCCUCAGAAAUGUAUUUGUGUAUAAAUGUAGUAAUAGUGAUAUUUAUAUUUAAACUGCUUUUCAAGUACAAAAUUGAAACAUGUAAUAGGCAAACAAAACUUGUUUUUGUACCCAUUUUUAGCACAACGUGCUCAUGGUGAGCUUUUGUGAUCGCCUUUUGUCCGUUGUGCGGCGUCAACAUUUGCCUUGUUAACUCUCUAGAGGGCACAUUUAUUGUCCAAUCUUUAUGAAAUUUUGUCAGAAGAUUGGUCUCAAUGAUAUCUUGGAUAAGUUCAAAAAUGGAAACGUUUGCUUGAAAAAUAUGGCUGCCAAGGGGCGGGGCAUUUUUCCUAAUAUGGCUAUAUAUGGCUAUAGUAAAAUCUUGUUAACACUCUUGAGGUCACAUUUAUUUUCUGAUCUUCAUGAAACUUGGUCAGAAGAUUCAUCCCAAUAAUAUCUUGGAUGAGUUCGAAAAUGAUGCUGGUUGGUUGAAAAACCUGGCCGCCAGGGGGCGGGACAUUUUUCCUUAUAUGGCUAUAGUAAAACCUUGUUAACACUCUAGAGGCCACAUUUAUUUUCCGAUCUUCAUGAAACUUGCUCAGAAGAUUGGUCCCAAUGAUAUCUUGGAUGAGUUCAAAAAUGGUAAACUUUACUUGAAAAACAUGGCUGCCAAGUGGCGGGGCAUUUUUCCUUAUAUGGCUAUAUAUGGCUAUAGUAAAAUCGUGUUAACACUCUAGAGGCCACAUUUAUUGUCCAAUCGUCACGAAACUAAGUCAGAAGAUUCAUCCCGAUAAUAUCUUGGACGAGUUUGAAAAUGAUGCCGGUUGGUUGAAAAACAUGGCCGCCAGGGGGCGGGUCAUCUUUUCUUAUAUGGCUUUAGUAAAACCUUGUUAACACUCUAGAGGCCACAUUUAUUGUCCAAUCUUUAUAAAAUUUGGUCAAAAGAUUUGUCUAAUUGAUAUUUUGGAAGAGUUCGAAAAUGGUUACGUUUGAUUGAAAAACAUGGCUGCCAAGGGGCGGGGCAUUUUUCCUUAAAUGGCUUUAUAUGGCUAUAGUAAAAUCUUGUUAACACUCUAUAGGCCACAUUUAUUGUCCAAUCUUGAUGAAAUAUGGUCAGAAGAUUUGUCUUAAUGAUAUCUUGGAUGAGUUCAAAAAUGAUGCCGGUUGGUUGAAAAACAUGGCCACCAAGGGGGCGGGGCCUUUUUCCUUAUAUGGCUAUAGUUAAACCUUGUUAACACGCUAGAGGUCACAUUUAUUUUCUGAUCAUCAUGAAACUUGGUCAGUAGAUUUGUCCCAAUGAUAUCUCGGAUGAGUUCGAAAAUGGUUUUGGUUGCUUUAAAAACAUGGCCACCAGGGGGCGGGGCAUUUUUCCUUUUAUGGCUAUAGUAAAACCUUGUUAACACUCUAGAGGCCACAUUUAUUUUCCGAUCUUCAUGAAACUUGGUCAGAAGAUUUGUCCCAAUAAUAUCUUGUUAUCUCAGGUGAGUGACUUUGGGCCUUUCAGGCCCUCUUGUUAUUAAAUGUAUUAUAUUUUUCCAAAAAUUGUAUGUAUGUGAUAAUAAUAACGCGUUAUCAAUUGCUGAAAUAAAAUAGCAAACCAAAAGCCUGGACAUUA